UUCUCGUUCUAACGAGGCACAAUGCAAAUUGCAUGCGUUUGUUCUGCAAGGCAAACAAUGGUGUAUGAGUGAAACCUAAACCCCCGGAAGAUCGAGGAACAGACUCACAGACACGCUUAUUAGUGUAGGUCACUAUAGUGAUGGGAAGCUUCCAGUCUUUGCCGGAUGACCAUCAAUAUCGAACCCUGUCACAGAAGACAGGCUUUUCACUGGAGCAGAUCGCAAUUCUCCACAAUCGUUUUAAGCAGCUCAGCCAAAACGAGGAAACAUUACGGAGAGAUGACCUUAAAACAAUCCAAGACCUGGAAAGCAACCCAAUUCGGUACCAGAUUAUAGAAGCUUUCUUCGAUAGAAGGAAUUUCCAGAAAGAUGGUGUGGGAUCUGUGGAAGAAAUUGGUUUUGAAGAAUUCCUUACCGUCAUGUCGUACUUCAGAGCACCAGCCCAUCGUAUCACAGAGGAGCAGAAAGAAGAAAUGAGAAGAGCCAAACUGCGCUUCCUGUUCAACAUGCAUGACACCGACAAUGAUGGAACCAUAACACUGGAGGAAUACAGACAUGUUGUAGAGGAGUUGUUGUCCCGUAGUGGAGCUCUUGGAAGAGAGACAGCUAAGGGCAUUGCAGAUGCUGCAAUGCUGGAGGUUGCCAGUAUCUCAGUAGGUCCCAUGGCACCUGAUGAGUUCUAUGAAGGAAUAACAUUUGAGCAGUUUUUGAAGAUUCUUAAAGGAAUUGAAAUUGAGACGAGAAUGCACAUUCGCUUCUUAAACAUGGACACAACUGUUUUGUGCAAGCAGCAUUGUGUCUAGGUACUGCCGACGUGCCACUCCCUUGGUUUGCUAGUAAGCAGGCACCGCUACAAAACCCCCAUCUGUGCUUCUACAGAAAUCAGCUUUUCAGACAUCAGGAAGUUUGAUGCAGUGUCUCAUAUCAAACAUCACCAGGGUUGUUUGCUACAGAUGUUUUGCAGCUUCAGGACAGACGUUUCCAGGGCCAUUCAGCUGCUAGAGAUCAUUAUGAGCAAUGUGC